UUUUCAAACGAGGCGUGCGCGCGGUGUAUGUGGAUGAGAGAGAGUGUGUGCGAGAGGAAGAGAGGGAGAGGGAAAGGUGCUUUCGUCUUCACUCAUCUCCUAAGAGUGCUCGUUAGGAUUUUGUUUGCUCAGAGGUCUUCCACAGUCAUGUUGAGAGCCAGGGAACCGGGAUCUUUGGCCGUACUGGCCUCCACCCUUCUUCUGGGAUUCAGCGUUGCGUUUUCCCUCGGACAGAACGACACAGAACCGGUAGUUUUGGAAGGAAAAUGUUUAGUUGUGUGUGACUCGAACCCGUCCGCCGAAGGAGGAGUGACCUCGUCGUUUGGGAUAUCUGUCCGAGCUGCUGGCGCUAAAGUGGCUUUUUCUGCAGUCAGGGGAACUAACCACGAACCAUCAGAAAUGAGUAACAAGUCCAUGACGAUCUACUUCGAUCAGGUACUAGUGAACAUUGGAAAUCAUUUCGAUCUCAAGGCGAGUGUGUUUCAAGCUCCUCGACGAGGCAUUUACAGCUUCAGCUUUCAUGUUGUGAAGGUCUACAACCGACAGACAAUUCAGGUCAAUCUGAUGCAUAAUGAAUACCCAAUAAUAUCUGCAUUUGCCGGUGAUCAAGAUGUGACACGAGAGGCAGCAAGUAACGGCGUUCUGCUUCACCUGGAGCGUGAAGACAGACUCUAUCUCAAACUGGAGAGAGGGAACCUCAUGGGCGGGUGGAAGUACUCCACAUUCUCUGGCUUUCUCGUUUUCCCUCUCUAAUUGAAUAUAGCCUAUUUUAAAUGGCCCAGACUGAAGACCAAGGGACAUUUCCGUAUCUGCUUUCAAAAAUAAAAGGUAGCAGAGAGAACAAGGAAUGCGUUAGUUUAUUUUAUUUAUUGUUAGGAUCUGAAGAAAUGUAUGUAUGUGCGUAUGUGUAUGUAUGCAUUUAUGUAUUUGUGAGAUUCAAAAGAAAAUAGGACGGUGACAAUAUUUGGACAGAUUGAUUUGGGAAAGAGUGGUUUGAUAUUGUCAAUGAUAUUUUUGCAUUGAGGAGCGUAUUUUGCACGAACUGUGUUUUGUUAUGUGCUUGUCAUUUUAUUGAUUUGUAUAGCCCUUAUAAAUUUGGUGUUCAGUAUGAGCGUAGUAAGUACAAAAAACUGUCAUUUCUCUUUAAUCGUUGUUGUUUGGCUUAAUGCAUAGACAAGCAAUGAUAUCUUGCAUUUUUAUAUUACUUGAAUGUAAAUAUACUCAUGUCAUAAACACAAGGAAUGUAUUUAAAAACUCUUUUAGGACUCCAAAGUUUUAUUUUACAACGAGGGUAAAGGGAUGGAGAAAGGAACAUUUGAUCAUUUGCUCAUCGUUGUAUCGUUCCAAAAUUUCAUGAACUUCUUUCUUCUGUUCAACACGAAAGAAGAUAUUUUGAAGGAUACUGGUAACCGAACACCCUUUGAUUUACAUAGUAUGAGAAAUAAUUUGAAAUGGAAGUCAAAGGCUGCCAGCAAACAUUUCAUUUCUGGGUGAACGAUCCCAAAAUAUAGUGAAAGAAGAGAAGAGAACGCAAUGCUGUCCAUGGUGCUGAAACCGCUACCCAUUAAAAACUGAAUGUUUAUUCAGUACACAUAUGAAUGAUUAUUAAUGAUUAAUAAUUAUGAUUAUGAAUGACUACAUCAAAACAUGCAGUGUGACAUUUAUCAGUAAUUUUUGUUUUGGAAACAUAGCUACGACAGCACAGACCUUCAGUUCACACUAUAGACUACAUCUACGAAUUCACAUGGGGAUUUUAUCAUCCUAAAAGUUGUAUUUGAGUGUAACUGUGAGCGCAAACAUACAUAAUAUUCAAAUAUCAAGUUUCUCUGAUUAAGUAUCCCAACGGGGGCAGUUUUAGGAAGGAUGAAAGUAGCACCCGCCUACAGAGUUCAAUAUGCGCGAAAACUGGAAAGAUAUAGAUACCAUGCAGAUUUGUUGUCUCUCCAUUUAGGGCAGGGCAGUGUGUUUCAAGAUGCUGUCUUACACAACACUUUAAAGACUUAACAUUCAUAGCUUUAUAUAUUUUGCAAAGCAUGGCUGGAAAACGGGAUGGAAAUUAGGUAAUUUAUUACCAUGGGCACAAUUAAAAACUGUGAAGACAGCAUUAUUUAGAGGUGAAAUGCAAAUGUGAUGAGGUAUGAGAAUGAUGUGGGUGUUAAGUGUUAAACAGUGAAAUAUUCCUUCCAAGAGCAGAGCUUAAAAAGACACUAGCACAUAUUUUCACUCGUUAAGACCGUGUCACAUAAUGUUAUAUCAUGACGGGAGUUAUUUCAGGGGAUAACCUGAAAUAAUUAGAUAAUAUGUUAGAAAUGUUAGGUAAUAUGGUGCAGGUUUAUUUCAUGUUUGACCACAUGUUCAGACCGUGAUUUUUUUUUAUGUAUUUAAAAAAAAAUAAAAAUAAAAUCUUGUCUCGCCACUG